AUGCUCGGGAAACGCGCCCUCGUCAAAUCAUGUUACCGUUUAAGGUUAUACUCUACAGUGAAUACCUCGGCAGAAACUGUGGAGACGAUUCCCAGCAUUCUAGACCCCAAGUUUGAAAUCCCUAAUGGGUCUGUCAUCUUCAGCGGUAUUCAACCAACAGGUGCAUUCCACUUGGGUAACUAUUUUGGUGCCGUUAGAAACUGGAGAGAUUUCCAAACCAGAAUUGAACGUGAUCAUAUCAAUUCUCGUCUUCUCUUCUUUGUUGCAGAUAUGCAUUCUCUUACAGUUCCACAGAACUUCUCACGAUUGACCAAUCAACGACUCGAGGCCUUUGGUUCGCUUAUGGCAUGUGGCAUUGAUCCUGAAAAAGCUACCAUUUUUUUCCAAUCAGAGGUGCCUGAGAUCCCGAAAUUACAAUGGAUCUUGUCCUGUAUGUGCGGUAUGGGACAGCUCAAUAGAAUGACUCAAUGGAAGUCUAAGGCCAACUUGAGGAACGACGCUGAUAUAGCAGCAGACUUCGGUAAAGUCAAAUUGGGCUUGUUUACUUAUCCAGUUCUUAUGGCUGCCGAUAUUCUUACCUUCAACGCUACACAUGUUCCUGUUGGCAGGGACCAAGCCCAGCAUUUAGAACUUACCAGAGAAUUGGUUGAUAUCUUCAAUAGGGCCACCAAAUCUAAAUUUUUGCAUCAGCCUAUGACUCUUCUUGCUCCUACUAUGAAGGUUCUUAGCUUGAAGAAUCCGGAAAAGAAAAUGUCCAAGAGUGAUCCUGAUGAUAUGAGUAAAAUAUUUAUUACUGAAGAUGCCAAAAGUAUUCGUAAUAAGAUCAGUAAGGCGCUUACAGACUCAGUGGAAGGUAAGCUUAUCUAUGAUCCCGUUAAUAGACCUGCUGUCACUAAUCUUAUUACUAUUCUUGCAGCAGCAUUGGGAAGACCUGUCCUCGAAGUUUCCAAUCAAGUAGAAGAUUUCACUAAGAAAGAGUUGAAGGAUGCCGUUUCUGAUGCUGUUGUUAAGGAGCUUAAAGAUCCAGCCGCAAGAUUCCAAGAAUUAAUGAAGGAUCCUGAAAGAUUAGAUAAGUUAAGUAGAAGAGGUUCUGAAAAGGCCCGGGAAAUUGCCUCCAAGAAUCUUAAAGAGAUAUCCAAGCUUGUUGGAAUGGGCUACUGGUGA